UCCUCUUUGAGUGUGUAUGUGUAAAUAUUUUCUCAGCACUGGUGGAACCUGUCUGUCUGCUUUGUUAGAGAGAGGACACAGCCUGAGGUGAAGAGAAAAAAACAGAAAGCCCAGAAAGAGCACAUUGUACAGAAGAGCUGAACACAUGAGAGACGCUGAGUUUUAAAACUAGCUUUUGGACUGCUGAGCUGGACUUGAUGUAGAUUUUGUGAGUGAAGGACUGCCUGUAAGGAUAUGAAGAAGCAUGAAACCUUGUGAAUAAGUGAGGAGUUCUUUGCAGUCUUUGACUAAACACUGGGCAAAGUGUGUUCUAUAAAAAGACAGGGGGAUCGCCUCAUGGAUAGGGUCCUCUGGCUAUGGGGGGAUGUCAGAGUUUUGAUGGCUCAGGGGACGAGGCCUCACACACUCUGACUGCAGCUAACUAUGGCAACAUCGGAAUCAUAAAAUUGAAAAACAACAAUGUUCAAAGUGCUCCAUCACUGGAGGAGAAGCCAUACCUGCAAGAACGCUUCUUAAGGGAUCGCAUUGCUGACAUUGACCUGCUCACACUCUCUGCUCUGCCACAUGGCCUGGACAGGCAGGAGUGGAUAGCAUUUAACACCAUCUCUUUCUUCAAGAAUAUCAAUAUUCUCUCAAGUGCUCUCUCGGAAUUCUGCACGUUAACAAGCUGCCCGACAGCCAAUGGCCCAGGAAACAAGGUAUAUGAAUGGAUGGACGAGCAAGGAAAGAAGGUGAAAUGUUCAGCUCCUCUGUACACUGACUAUGCCAUGUCCUACAUCCAGGAACUACUCACAGAUGAAAACGUGUUUCCAACCAGGACAGGGGGGAAGUUUCCAAACGGACUCAUGUUUUUGGUCCAGAAGGUGUUUUUGCUGCUGUUCCGAACCCUGGCUCACCUGUACAGUGCUCACUACAGAGACGCCGUUUCCAUGGACAUACACCCACAUCUCAAUACUCUUUUUACACAUUUCAUGACCAUCAGUCACACAUUUAGACUGCUGGAGCUGUCAGAGACAGCACCACUCGAGGACCUGAUUACAGCUCUCACGCACUAACUCUAAGACACAGGCUUAUAUAUGUUCUAUUGUAGCCAAAGAUAUAUGUGUUUGCUUUCACAUGUGGACACUACGUGUACUCAUGACUUAAUAACAAUUCAGUGUUUAAGGAGCUGAACCUUAAAGGGACACUCAAAUUAACACCAUUUACAUACUGCUAGAAAGGUCAAUAGUAAAGAGAGGUAAGAAUAACAAGACUGAACUGAACGUUUCUGCAUGAACACAACAGCUAAGGGACCAUGGGUGUGGUUGUGUGUGUAUAUAGGGUACAGAUUAAGUUCCUUUCUUUACUUUUGGGCAUAUGGUAAACAUUAGGAAUACAUUAGAGUAUACACACACACACAGAGAGCAACAACUUCCACCCCUCUCAGAGACUAUAAAUCUAUUUGCAUCAGGUAUCAGCCGUGCCUGGUUUAAAAAUAGAAUAAGAUUAAUUUGCACACACACACACACACACAUUGCACCUUUUCCCUUUAUUGUGCAUGAAACUAUUUAUAGUUUUUUUUCUUUUACUUUGAGGUCAUAUAAAAUAAUGUGCCCAUGUUGUGAAAAGCAAUAUCUUAUAAAACUGCAAGUUCUAUCUUGA